AAAGUCCACGGUCGUAGACAUGCAUCUGAACUCUUCGUCAUGAAGCAAGUCCUAUCAGCUUUGUUGUUUCUGAGCGUGGUCUCUUUGGCCUGGUCUUCAAUCUUUCCCGAGGGAGAAACGGAAGAGCAAUGGAACCAAAGAAUCCAGGCCAAGAUUGACAAGAACCGCAAGAGUAACGUCCAAGUAAAGGUGACCUUACCUGAGCAUCUUCAAGGCUUGAAGAAUCUGAAGCUUCAAGUGAACAACACGAAAGCCAGUUUUCCAUUGGGCACGGCUUUGGUGGCCGAUCGGAUCUCCGAGUGUUGGAACAAUGGCGGUGAUAAUGCCUAUUGCUCGUUUGCUCGGGAAAAUUUCAACUUUGCUGUCACUGAAAACGCCAUGAAGUGGCGCCUAUGGGAGCCUGAAUACGAUAACUUUAACUCAUAUGGCGUAGAAAACAUGCUCAAAUGGCUUGAAGCCAAAGGUUGGGGAGUUCGUGCCCAUUGCCUUUUCUGGGAUGUGGAUGACAAUCUAAAUUUUCCCGAUUGGGUCUAUGGACUUCGAGGACAAGAGAUGAUCGAUGCCAUUCAUCAUCGGAUUGACACAGCUGUUCCUUAUUUCAAGGGGAGGGUGCAACAUUGGGACGUGAAUAACGAAAUGUUGCACGGGAACUUCUUUGCGGAAACGACUUACGAUCCUGACAUCCGUGUCAAAAUGUUCCAAUGGCUUGAGCAGCAAGACUCGCAGCCUUCUAGAUUUGUCAAUGAUUACGACGUUGUACUGUAUGAGACCGAUGAGUAUAUCAACCACAUCCGCGAUUUGCUCAACAAAGGUGCCUCAAUUAAUGGCAUUGGUUUCCAAUCUCAUUUGGGGCCAGAUCAAAUUGACUUGGGAAAGGCUGAGGACGCCUUCAACAAAAUGUGGAACGAGUUUCAUCUUCCCAUGUGGAUCACAGAGUUCGAUUGGCAAGGUAGUCAUGGUGGAGAUCAUGCCCAACAUGCUUCUGAACUUGUUAAUUUUUACAACCUGGCCAUGAGCCACGAGGGAAUGGGCGGUAUUAUGAUGUGGGGCUUUUGGGACCAAGCUCAUUGGAGACCUGACGCAGCCAUUGCCUAUGGGGAUGAUGUCACGCCCAAUGAAGCGGGCUACGCCUACAUGGACUUAUAUCAGAACUCAUAUCGAACAAACGAUGCAUUUUCUGCCUCCAUGAGGACUGCUAAUGAAUUGGAAUUCAAUUUCCGUGGAUUCCGAGGAGAAUACGAGCUCUCUUUGGUCAAUGAACAUGGACGAUCGGUUCAUAAAUUUGACGAAACUUUUACUAUUGAGGAAGAUGUCGAGAUUCAAUGCAAUGUUGAAAUCUAAUAAAUAAAUGAUUAGA